AUGAACAAUGAAACAUGUUACGUUAUUGAUGAUUUAGGAUAUCACUUAAUACCCAUGUAUAAUGGCUUAUUCAUUGUUGGAUGCUAUAUUGUACCACCAGGCAUACUACUCAAUGUUCUGUUUCUUAUCGCUUUUGGAUUCAAUAAGCAAAUAUUUUCAAUUCGUAAUCACUGUGUACUAUUAUGUUGUUGUGUCGAUACUCUAAUUACAUUUGUUCAAGGACCAAUUCAUUUAUACUUUUAUUUUAAUAAUGGAUGUAAACCUAUUCAGUCAACCUUUUUAUGUGAGCUGGCAGUUUGCUGGGAUUCUAUUCCAACACAGAUCAGUGAUUUCUUAACAGCACAAUUAUCAGCUGAACGAGUUCUGCUAGUAGUAAAACCAUUUCUGUUUCGUCGAACUCGUUCACGUGCUGUUUAUCUCCAUUAUAUUGGCACCGUGUUUUGUAUUCUAUUUCCUAUUCUCUAUUAUCCAUUUCUUAUGCGUUUUGGCGGUGCAACAACAGGCACCAGCAAUAAUCCAGAAACACCUAUCUGCGACUUAUAUUACACAUUCAAUCCAUUAAAUAUAAUAGAUUUACUAAUUAGAUUUGUUCCAUAUUUUAUUGUUUUAUUCAGUUACGUUUGCGUUAUUCUUUUGUUUGUUUUGAAAAGACAACACUCAACUCGAUCACGUCGCUUGUUAUGGCAAUUAAAUUUAUUUCUCAUUUGGUUUUUGUUUACAUGGUCACCGUGGGUUAUGUAUGAUUUUAUUCAAAUAAUUCUGAAUCUUACUUAUAGCAUUUAUAUUGAUGCAUUAACAACAUUUAUUAUCUAUCUGAAUUAUACAUUUUGUUCCACAAUAUAUUUAUUUACAUUUAAAGAAUUACGAAUAUUUUCAAUUAAACAUGUUUUUAUUUGUCAACGCUUAUUGGCAAAUUAUCGCGUUCGAUCAGUUGUGCCUGUUUCAUUAAGAAUCACGAAUAGAGAUGGUAUUACUUAUCCACAAACGACAGCGCGAUAA